AAAGAAAAAAAAAUAAUAUCUCCAAAGUUUGUAAAAAUAGUUUCUUUUAACGCCUUUCGGGAGUGUGUUUUCGAAUAAUUCCACUAUUCAGUAAAAGAUAUUACUUUAAUUUAGUGCAUAACGGAAAAAAAAAGUGAAAAAGUGUAGUGGAAGUUUUUGAAAAACAUAGAUUUUGAUGACGAUGUUACGCGGCUUUGCUUGGAGUGGAAGCGGUUGGAUUUUCCAUCGUCGCACGGAAAAGUUACUAAUAGAGCACAUGUGCCUAGUGUCAACAUUUCUCCAUCGCUUAUCGAAAUGCCUCGAACUAGACCAACAACUAAAUUAGGUGUUUACGGAAAAUACGAUUUCAAUCCUGAGAAAGCCGUUACAUUAUACAAUGAGUCAAAAAUUCAAAAUCAAUUCUACAUCAAAACACCUAACUGGGAUGUGGCCCGAUUGAGUUUCGAGCUUAAGGGGAUACAAAGCAACCGGGAGUAUGAAGAAGUGACUAAGGAACAAGGUCGGAUGCGUACCCAUUCCCACGAGCAAUUUCAAUUGAAUGAAAAACGAUUAAAAGAAGCAGAUAGACAAUUGCAAACACUUUGGGAGGAUUUUGUUGAUGUCAAUGAUUUUCUUAAAGACUGCGAAUUAAAAGAAAAUGAGUCUAACGCAACUAAGGAGAAUGAGAAAAUAAAACAAACCGAAUAUCAUGAAAAAAUUACCAAAUUAGAUGCCGAUCUUUCACUUUUAUGUGGUUUCGUAGAAAAAUAUGAAUACACUAUCCAUAAAUACACUCCAUUCGAGACAGUGCUCACUGAAACAAUAAACAAUUCUGACAUUUAUAGUACGAUUGAAGAUUUGAUGAAACGGUGCGAUUCAUUGCUUUUAGCACAGGUUGAAAUAUCAGAAAUAGAGCAACAAAAAAUUCAAGAAAUAGAGAGCAUAAGAGACAAUUUGAUGGAAUCUACGAAAACAGCUUUACAUAUUAUUACGGGCUUGAACAAUGAUCUCUCAGAACUACAAGUACGUUAUGUACGCGCUUGGGAGGAGUGUUUGAAGUGGGAAAAGUCUAUUACCACUGCUAAAAGCUAUAUGGCUGCCAAUGAAAUGAAAACUAGCUGUAUGCUUGAUGCUAUCUAUCAUGUGUACAGUCUAAUUCGCAAACGCCGUGGAGAACAUCCAAAAUUUUUGCGAGGAAAUGUCGGAAAACAGUUGGAUUUCAUCAAAGAAGAAGCUGGAAUCAUGCAGGAAAUCCAUCAUUUGGCCAUCAUAAAACUGGCUAAGGAGAAUAUGAGCUUAGCGGCAGAAAAGGGUUCUGUAAAAGCCAAACCUCUCAUCUUUCCAGUAUCAAAGAAACCCAAGGCUUUCGGAUUUUAACGUGCACUUGCAUUUACUGAGAAUCUUGAUUUUGUUUUUCGUAUAUUACAGGAUUUUGCUGUAUUUCCAAACCAAAUUGUGAUGUUUUUUUUUAAAUAAAGAUUAUACACAUUUA